CGUUGUCCACGCCAACCUCAGUGCUGCAGCAGCAGCAGCAACAGCAGACGACACCCACAACACAUUCCACACCCACACAUGCGGUUAUGUAUGAGGAUCCCCCACCCGUGCCAAUUGUGCCCGUGCAGCAGCAACAACAGACGCCGCUCCAGCAUCUGCCUCCGCCACAGCAGCAGCAGCAACAGCAACAGCAACAACAACAGCAGCAGCAACAACAGCUGGCAACAACUCCCGUUGGUGGCGCCCUUAGUCCCGCACAAACACCCAAUGGACCCGCCUCACAGCAGCCCCAGCAUCUCACAUCACCUCAUCAUCAGCAGCAGCAACAACAAACAUCGAACAGCGUCUCCAGUGUUAAUGGCGUCUCUUCGGGUCUACAGCAGCAGCAACAAAAUUCCGUUGUGGCGACCGGCCAAAGUCAAAUUGUUGCGCCGACAACGGCGAGUGUUUCUCCCUCCAGUGUUAGUUCCCAGCAAGCAGACAUGUCCAUCUCAUUAGCGCCAAUACAUAUUCCCGCCAUCAGGCCCGGCUUCGAGUCAGACGCAACGACGCCCGUUAAACGGCACGCGCAUCCUUGGCCCUAUGACAACGACUUCAAUCAGUACCAUACUCCGCCAUAUUAUCUCGACCGGGACCGCAAGCCGAUGUUCUAUCACGGCUACCCAGAGACCCAGUUUCAGCCUGCUUACUGGCCCAACUAUCGUGAUCAGCCGACCUCCGCUGCAGCAGCGGCCUAUAUGAGCGCCACCGACGAGCGCCAUGCCUCUGUCACCGCAGCAGCAGCGGCGCGACAGUCUGUGGAGGGCACCUCGCAGUCCAGCUACGAGACGCCCACCUACUCCUCCCCAGGGGGGCUGCGCGCCUUCCCCGAGGCCUACUCAAGCACAGGCACAUCAGGUGGUCUCUCCGUGGGCGCUGUGGGCCCGUGCACGCCAACAAACGCGAUGCAUGAGUGGACCGGACAGGUGUCGGUGCGAAAAAAGCGCAAGCCCUACUCGAAGUUUCAGACCCUUGAGCUGGAGAAGGAGUUUCUCUUCAAUGCGUAUGUGUCGAAGCAGAAGCGCUGGGAGCUGGCACGAAAUCUGCAGUUGACGGAACGCCAGGUUAAGAUCUGGUUUCAAAACCGACGCAUGAAGAACAAAAAGAACUCGCAGCGGCAGGCCACGCAGCAGAACAACAACAACAACUCCAGCAGCAAUCACAACCACGCCCAGGCGGCCCAGCAGCACCACAACAACCAUCACUUGAACUUGGGUCUGAGCAUGGGGCAUCAUGCAACGAAAAUGCACCAGUGACCUUUGGACAACAGCAGCGCCAGCGCCAUGGGCUUUGCCAGCUACUAGCAGUUAGCCAAUGCCCCUCCCGAUCCGAGUCCCAAUGCGAACAUGAACAGCAUCAAGAAUGAAAUGAUUAUGGACUUUCCCUGCUAGCUGGAAGAUCAAGCAAGCAAUGGGGGGUGGGAGGGCAGCUGCAGCCCCUUGAACGGCUCAGGCGUCGCUGUUUUCGAAGUUUAGUACUAUUGGGGACGUUUUAAUGAAAUGCAGUUAAUUAAUAAGUCAGCAAAACAACAAAAAACACAAACACAAACAAAUACUAAAUAAUAACCAUUAACAAAUGAAAAUUGUAAGCGCCCAGUUCAUUACAGAUCGGCGUUGUAGUUGAAUACGAUAGAUACUUAUAGCUGAGCAAAAACUACCACAACUUGAAUUUGUAUGAAUAUAUAUAGCUGUGUAUAUAUAUUUGUAUGAUCUAAUGUAUGUAUGUAUCACACA